AUGGCGACUUGCAAUAUCUCAAUGAAAAGUCUCGUCCUAUUCGCAUCGCAAUUAUUGGCGACUGUUUGUGGUCAAGAUUCUCCUUCUACCUGGGCCAAACUGCAAAUUUCGCCCAACGAACUUUGUUCUAUGCCGUUCGGUAGUUUUCGCGUCAACAUUUACGAGCACGCCGACAAUAGCAAGUUGAGUACACUUCCCGUCCGUUACAAGUAUUUCUACACUCCGAUCGCCCUGCUGGAUCACACAAGCGCCACCAGUUCCUUCAACAACGUCACAAAACAACCGGAAAUCCGAUUCCGUAUUGAAAUGUGGAACGAUAAGGUCGAAAGUGAAGUGGUUAAAUAUCUGGGCAAAGUCAUCGGUCAACCAGUUCACGAUCACCAGGUACAAGUUAUUCCACUGGAGAAAGUAGUUCUGGUCAACACGAUACCUUCAACUGCUUUCUCCCUCGGCAAUAAUUGGCUUCCCUAUCAGCUGCACAAAUUCCUUCAAUUUUCUCUGUCGUGUUCUACGCAAAACGAUUGCGAUCAACUGGCGCUCGACAUGCGCUCUAACCCGGAACAGUUCGACCAUUUAAAACUUUUGUUUAGCUUAUCUUCACAGACGUCACAAACAAAGGAAACCACUAUUCGCAUCGACAAUGUCGUUUCGGGACAAAUGGUCAGCAAUCUCUUGCAACGAUUUGGCCAAACAGACGAGAUUCUACUAACGACUAACGAUGAGAAGCGACUAUUGACAGAAACAACAACCAACAUCCUCGUAGAAACGUUCGACGAUUCAGACGUUGUUUCUCCAAAUUCGGAAUCGCAGAUCUACAACAUGUUAAGGAACUUGCUUUUCUCUAAUAAGACGGUCGUCAAAGAGCAGAGCGAAAAGAUGUGGGAUACGGUUUUCUGGAAUGAGGAAAAUUACCGACCGGACAAGGCAGCAAAAACAUUAAACGAAGUCUACAAGAAGUUGGACGUGGAAUCAAAGAAGAAACUGUCGGAAUUUUAUAAAAAUAUCAAAAAGAUGGACGGCCAAGAAAAUGUUUUGUUCGAUAUUGUUUCAGCGAAGGUACCGGUGACAACAGAUUUUGCCAAACACGGAUCUACUUCCAAGGACGAUAUUGAUAAAUUUUACCAAAUGAGUAAAGGCCAUGUUGAAUGGGAUGGAGAUAAAUUCGUUCCCAAACCGUUAGCUCUCAGCAAAAUUAAUCUUACACAAUUGCGUGAAAGGCAUUUGUUAAAAGAUCGUAAAGUGAUCGUUCGUUACUCGAUCGCUGUCUUGUCCAUCCCCAUUAAUUUUAUACAAUACCGUGGAUUGACUGUCACUGACGAAUGGCGAAAUUUGAAGGACGAGUUAAAAGAAACAAGGACCACUCUUUCGAAUUUGAAAAAGGACUUCAAUGAGAGAACAAAUGCCAUCGAGGAUAUUGGUAGGAUCCCAAUGUCCUGCGCUGAUCUCCGUCAAAUUGGACAUAAAAAAAUGGACUCUUUUCGAUUAUGGGGAAAAAAAUGAUGGAAACUGUCCACUGCAAUUUUUCGAAGCAAUCUAACGAGGAAGGUUUUCAGAAAUGGAUUGGUUACGUUGACGUCAAAUCUACUCCCGUUUACUUUCAUGCGCAGAAGACUUCAAGUUACGCAAGAAUCAACACCGCAAUCCCGUUUGAAGAAGCAAGGAUCAAUGUGGGGAAUGCCAUGAACCUUCCGACAGGAAUAUUCGUAGCUCCAAGACCUGGGAAAUAUUACUUUGGAUAUUCGGGAAUUAGUGAAAGCAAUGAGGGACGAGUAUUGUUACAAAUGAAGACUGAUACCGAAGAUUGGUUUACAAUAGGACAGGGGUACAGUGCAACUACUUUUGAAACCUUUUCGCUUCAGUCUACUUUGCAGCUUCUUAAAGGUGAUCAAAUAAGGAUGUUCCUAUUGCGCGGAUCUGUUCACGAUAAUGCAGCCCAUUACACUAACUUCGUUGGAGGGCUUGUCGAGGAAAAUGUCUUUGAGUAGAAUCAUUUGAGUUGAUUUUACUUAAAGAUUUCUUAUACAGCGAUGCUGAAAACUUUUGCAUGCAUUUCUGUUUGAAAAUCUGUUUUCUUAAGAUAAAACUGCUUGUAAGAUGAAAUUCUUAACAUCAAGUUGAUUUGAAAUUAGAAGCUAUCCUAUGAAUCACUUUAACUCCUUUAUAUGUACACUACCGAUGCAUUACAUAUGCAAUAAAGAGAAGGUCACUUACUUUGACUUGA